UAGAUGGACACGCGUGGGACAGGUGGGCAUCCUUAGCCUGUUUCCCACCCGAACAGCAACAAGGCCGGCAUGUGCUUGGCGAGCUCCGUCCAUCAAAUAAAAGAGAGCGCGCGUUCUUGACGACGUUUUCCUUCAUUCCGUCGACGGUCCCCGUUCCUCGUCUGUCCUUGGAAUUGUUUGUCUGGUUUCGUCACGAUGCUCGCCCUCGCCGCUUUCGUCCCCGCAUUGGUCCUGGCAACGCAGACUGCGGCCAUCGACCUUCUCUCUCGCCAGAACAGCGGCCUUGACCCGAGCGACCUCCCCGCCGCGUGCCAGUCGACCUGCGCGACGAUCGUGAGCGCGCUCAACACGUGCACGACCGACCAGUGUCUCUGCACGAACGCGAACACGAAGGCGUACGCGGCGUGCCUCGAGUGCCUCGUCGCCGACGCCGGCACGGGCGAGGAGACGGCCGAGAGCGGGAUCCAGCAGUGGAUCGAUACGUGCAACCUCGAGGGCUUCACCGUCUCGUCUGUCGCCAUCUCCACCAGCGCGGGCACCGCGACGGGCUCUGCGACGGGUUCCGCCAUCUCCGCCAUCACCUCCGUCACCUCCGCCGCCGCGCCAUCCGUCACCUUCGUCGGCACCACCUCCAGCGCCGGCGGUGCGUCCGUCAGCGUCUCCGCCCCUGUGGCCUCUACCACCGCCGGCUCUGGCGGCAACUCCGUGACCUUCGUCGGUACCGGCACGACCACCGCGGACGGGUCGGCGGAGACCACGUCCGACUCCAGCAGCGGCUCGGGCGGCGGUAUCACCGGCGGCGCCAGCGCCGCAUCCGCGUCCAUGUCGGUUUCGGCUCUGACGGCGUUCGCCAUUCCCGCGGUUGUUCUGGGCCUCCUCGCCUGGUGAUCGAUCGCUCUAUUUCGCGUUUGGCUCCGCGCCUCUGCUUCAUCGUAUCUGCUGAACGCUUGCUCCCCCAUACCCACGUCUAUCGUGUGUGUGAUCUUGUGACGCGUAAUCUGGCUCCCUUGUUCUCGAAGAGUUUACACACAUACCCUCCUUUGUAUCUGACCUGUCUUUUAUGGGUGGUCGGUUAUUCCAGGCGAUCGAAGCAAUGUUAUGUCAUACAGCCGG